AUGAAAUCUCUGCAGCUGGUCACUCUGGUCAAGUUUGCAAAAGAUAGUUAUAUUUUUAAGUCGCCAAAUACAAAAAAAUCCUCCAAAAUGGCAGCCGCUAUGCCAAUAAACCCUAAACCUUUUCUCAAUAGUUUAACAGGUAAAUCUGUCUUAGUAAAAUUAAAGUGGGGUCAUGAGUACAAAGGCUUACUGGUAUCGGCUGAUGGAUAUAUGAAUCUACAAUUAGCAAAUACGGAGGAAAUGGUUGAUGGUUCAUGUACAGGUAAUCUUGGAGAAGUCCUCAUAAGAUGUAACAAUGUACUGUAUGUAAGAGGUGCUGAAGAGGAAGAUGAGGAAGGAGAAAUGAAGGAAUAA